UAUUUUAAUUGUUUUAUGAAUAACUGAAUACAAUUGUAGUAGUAGUAGUAUAAUGUACUCUAACUGCUUCAGAUGUCUCUCACCCUGUGAUUCUUUUUAAAGAACAAAGAUUCACAUCAAAGGUAGCAGUGAUCAUGUGAUCAGUGUUGCCCUGCUGGCCAAUCAACACAAGUCUUGACUCUGAAGAGAGGAGAAAGUGUCGGGCUGUUUGUCAUUCAACACGACGAUUUCAACAUGAAGACAUCUCCGAAGUUCGUUCUCUACCUGACAUGUUUCUUCUUGGGGAAAAUGGUUCAGAUGCAUCAAUUUAUCUUGUCUCAUCAAGACAGUGGAUUUAUAUCAGCUGAUGUUGGAGACAACUUGACUUUGCAGUGUUUCUAUGAGGGGGGUGGCAAUAACUAUUAUUGGUACAAACAAACACCAGGACAGAAACCUCAAAUUAUCUCAAUGACUUACAAAUUCUCAAAAGAUUUUACAUUAUUGAAUGAAUUCAAGGACAAUCAACGCUUCACUUUGGAAACUAUGGGUAAUGCGAGUCACCUAAAUAUCUCAGAUCUGCAGCUUUCAGACUCAGCUACUUACUACUGUUUAAAGGAUAAUAGAUAUGUGUCUCAGUUUACUGAGGGCGUAACUGUCAAUGUGAAAGGUUCAGGGUCUAACAUCCAGGCUGUGGUGCAUCAGUCUGAGAGCAUCCAGCCAGGAGGCUCUGUGACUCUCAGCUGUACAGUUCACACUGGGACCUGUGAUGGAGAACACAGUCUUUACUGGGUCAAGAACUCUGAAGAACCUCAGCCAGGACUCAUUUACACCCACGGAGACAGGAACUAUCAGUGUGAGAGGAAACCCGACACACAGACAAACACAUGUGUCUACAACUUGUCAAUGGAGAGAGUGAACCGUUCUCAUGCUGGGACCUACUACUGUGCUGUUGCUGCAUGUGGACACAUUGUGUUUGGAGACGGGACCAAGCUGGAGUUUGAUGAUGAAGUGAACUGGCUGGGGUAUUUCCUGAGUGGAGCUUUGGGAUUCACCAUCAGCCUUUUGCUGGCUGUGUUACUGUACCAGAUAAACAAGAGAAGAUGCUGGAGAUGUUCAGAGUCUUGUACACAACCAUCAUUUCACUCCACAACAAAUGCAGAGGGCAACCACCAUGCAGAUGAGCUCCAUUACGCUGCAGUAAAUGUGAACGUGGCCAGCAGAUCAAGACGACAGAGGGACAACACAAACGAUGAAUGUGUGUACUCAAGUGUUAAACUGUAGAAUUGUAUUUUUUAGAACGGUCUAUGUUUGAGAUGAUGGAUUUCUCAGUCUGUCUUUGGAGGUGGAGCAUGAUGCUUGUCUGUAAUGCUUGUUUAUCCUUUUUCUAAUUAUAAAUGUGGCUUUUUUUGUGAUAAAUAAU